AUGGUGGGUGCCUGGAACACGCACCCGGUACGGACCGUACUCUCCAACGCCAAUGGCUUCCCGGCCGAGGACAUCAUCGACCGCGAUGUCGUAAUCCUCGGCGGCGGCGCGACAGGAACGUACGCCGCCGUGCAGCUCCGCCAGCAGGGCCACAGCGUCGCCUUGGUCGAGCAGAAAAGCCGGCUAGGGGGCCACGCCGAGACCGUCUACCUGCCGAACGGCGGAUACGUCAACUAUGGCGUGGAGGGAUACUUCAACAACGAGAUCACGAAGGACUACUUCGCCCAGCUCAACAUCGAUUACGAACCGCUGCUUCCUGCCGCCGUCCUCAGUGAGUAUGUCGACUUCCGCACCGGCAAGCGCGUCCUGCCGGGCAACGACAUCGUAACUACCGCCAUCGCGGCCGCACUGUACCGCGUUGCAAUCGAGCAGUUCGACUACCUGGCCACGGGCGCAUACUACCUACCCGACGAGGUCCCCGAGGUCCUCCUGCGGCCGUUCCGCGAAUUCGUCGAGUCCCACGGCCUCCACCGCGCAGUGGACCUGAUCUUUACCUUCGCCAAUAACGUCGGCAACAUGCUCGACACGCCGCUGCUGUACGUGAUCAUGAACUUCGGCAUCCCCCAGGUGGACGCCCUGCUCAAGGGCGGCUACAUCCGGCCGAAGAACGGCACCGACGCGCUCUUCAACGCGGCGGCGACCUACAUCGACGAAACGACCAACAUCUUCUACAACUCCACCGCCAUCCACACCCUUCGUACCAACGACGGCACGGGCGUGCAGGUCACCAUCCAGAACAGCCAGACCAACUCGCGCACGCUCAUCCGCGCCAAGAAACUGCUCGUCGCCUUCCCGCCCACGCUGGACAAGCUCGCCGGCUUCGACCUCCGCGAGGACGAGACGGCGCUCUUCGCCAAGUGGACGCACCGCAACUACUACGCGGCCGCCGUGCGCGCGCCCUCCCUGCCCAGCGCGGGCUUCAACAUCCUCAACACCAACCCGGCCAACCAGCCCGGCAGCCUGCCCACCACGCCCUUCCAGUGGGCGCUCGAGUACUCGGGCGUGCCGGGGUACUUCAUGAGCAAGAUCGUGGGCGAGGCGAAUUUCACGGAGGAGGCGGCGAGGCGGAUGGUGCUGGACGAGAUCAGGCGGAUGAGCGAUGCGGGCACGUUCCGGAUGAAGGACGGCGAGGAGGAGCCGGAGCUGGUGGCGUUUGCGUCGCACUCGCCCGAGACGCUGAUGGUGCACGUCGACGAGAUCCGCGCCGGGUUCUAUGACAGGUUGUAUGCCCUCCAGGGGCGGUAUAGUACGUACUACACGGGGUACACGUUCUGCACGGACUACUCGACCGUCUUGUGGAACUAUACGGCCGCGGUGGUGCAGAUGAUGGGGUUGUGAUGGGUCGAGAGUGGCCCGGUGUUGG